AUGGAAACGGAAAAAGAUAACAUGGACGUUGUAGUUGAAACAACCUCCAAAGUCCAACAACCAGCAAUAUCCGCACAAGCCAUAGCGUCCCGCAACAUCGCACUUGUCAACCAUGCGAUUGAAGAAGUUGGAUUUGGGAGAUAUCAAUGGCAGCUGUUUUGCACCUGCGGAUUUGGCUUCUUCGUUGAUCAGAUGCUAGUAAUAUCCGUCGGUUUGGUUCAGCCGCAGAUUGUCAAACAAUGGAGCGUCAAGUAUCCCGAAAUGAUUAUUGCCGCGCUGUAUGUCGGCGCCCUGCUUGGCGCUAUACUCUGCGGAUUCGCAGUUGACAUUAUUGGCCGUCGACUUGUUUGGCAGGUAUCACUCAUGUUCGUGACGAUUUGGACCCUUGUUGCAGCGGCGUCACCUAAUUUUGCUGCUCUGGCCGUAUUUGUGGGCUUGCAGUCAAUAGGUGGUGGUGGUAACUUGGCCAUUGAUCUUACCGUCUUCAUUGAAUCGCUCCCCAAGUCCAAAGAUUAUGUUCUCACCGCAUUACCACUCUGGUGGGGAGUCGGAAACGCAAUCGGCGGCUUGCUAGCAUGGCCGCUCAUAGACAAAUUCUCUUGUCCCCAAGGCAGCACACCAGCCACCUGCAGCAGUUCCGAGAACAUGGGCUGGCGCUACCAAUACAUUCUUAUUGGCGGACUAUCACUUGUCAUGGCCACAAUUCGCAUCUUUUUUAUGAAGAUGGAAGAAUCACCCAAGUGGUUCGUCUCCCAGGGUCGCUUUGACGAUGCCGUGGGUGCAUUGAAAGAGAUGGCUCACAUCAACAAAACCGAAAUCACCAUUACAGCUGGGGAUUUUGAACCAGCCAUUCCUGAUGAAGGAGGUGAUAAGAAGGCGUCUCUUUUGGGUUCCCUUCACUUCCGAGGCUUGUUUGCCAACAAGAAACAAGGCUUUUCCACCUCAGGAGUCAUGCUUCUCUGGGCCUGCAUUGGUGUUGCGUAUCCUGUGUACACUCUCUACCUACCAGUCUAUCUCCAAAACAACGGCGCAAAUCUCGGAAACGGGAGCACCUUCCAGACAUAUCGCGACUAUGCCAUUUCUUCAACGGUUGGCAUCUUUGGCCCCGUUCUCUCGACAUAUCUCGUCAACAUUCCUAUUCUCGGUCGUCGUCGCGCCAUGGCAGUUACGGCUCUCUGUGCAGCAGCUUUCUGUGGCGGUUUCACCACCGUCCGCUCCGAGGGGAGCAACAUUGCAUUCUCGAGCAUGAUAAGCUUUUGGCAGAACGCCUUUUACGGCAUUCUUUAUGCAUAUACCCCCGAGGUCAUGCCAACAGCAAAUAGAGGCACUGGUGCUGGUUUGGCACUGGCUUCUGGAAGAAUAGCCUCUUUGUCUUCGCCAUUCAUUGCUGCUUUUGGGGACCUGACGUCUUCUGUCCCGAUCUGGGUUUUGGUCGGCUUAUAUGGAGUCAUUGCGAUCGUUGCGUGUCUGCUACCAUUUGAGCCUCACCACUUUACUGAAGCCGAGCGGUUUUAA